UUAUCCCAAAGCCAAAUUGAGAGUAUGAAUCAAAGCAGUAAGGUUAACUCUCAAGGGAAAGUGCCCUUCUCAUUUGAGAACAAAACCGGCUUCCCCAUGGUGACAAACCAGAAGAGUGCUAAAGAGGAGAAGUACUUGUUGCAGAAGCUACCUCUUCCUCCGUGUUUAUCUGAAAACACAAAAAAAUCAUUCCAUGACAUACAAAUUCCUUUCCCUCCAUGCACUUUUCAGCCUUCUCCAAGAAGUUGUUCGAGAAAAGGGCUUGAGAGGCAUGACCAAGGUGACCCUUUUUUUGGCAGCUUAUAAGGAAUGCACCAGGGCCACUCACAAGGGUAAGCUGUCCAAGAAAGGUGUUGGCUUUAGUCUGAAAAGGGCCAUGUUUGGUUUCUCUUGCAAGCAAUCUUGCGGUGUUAGGGAUGAUGAUUUGGUUUUAACUUCUCUAAUUCCGUAUUGACAAAGGAGAAAGAAGGAAAGGAAGUGGUAACAAAUGGAAUCACAUGUG